GUGUUAUUGGUGCUGCACAGGGUGCUGAUGAUCAGCUGAUGUGUUGGUAGUGCAGUACUGAUUACACUCGGUUAUUAAUCUGAUCUUUAGCCUUUAGAACCGUCCAGAACCCGCGGCUCCGGUUCUGAUCGGCUCCGGUUCUGAUCGGUGUGUGUGAGCGGGGUGUGAGCGGAGAGCUGUGCGGUAGAGAGAUGCAGGCUGCGGGCGGAGUGCGGCUGCUGGCGCUGGGCUGUGUUCUGGUGCUCUCAGCGCAGCUCGCCGAGAGUAAGAACUCUGAAGACAUACGAUGCAAGUGUAUCUGCCCACCUUACAAAGAGAUCGAAGGACAGAUCUACAAUCAGAACGUUUCACUGAAGGAUUGUAACUGCCUGCAUGUUGUGGAGCCGAUGCCGGUGGAGGGGAAGGAUGUGGAGGCGUACUGUUUGCGCUGUGAAUGCAAAUACGAGGAGAGAAGUUCUGGAACCAUUAAAGGGACGAUUAUAAUCUACCUGUCUGUUCUGGGGCUGCUCCUGCUCUACAUGGUGUAUCUGACUCUGCUGGAGCCCAUACUGAAGAGACGCCUGUUCGGACACUCUCAGCUCAUCCAGAACGAUGAUGAUGUUGGGGACCAGCAGCCGUUUGCGAAUGCCCAUGACGUGCUGUCGCGCUCGCGCUCUCGUCCCAACGUUCUGAAUAAAGUGGAGCAUGCUCAGCAGCGCUGGAGGAGGCAGGUCCAGGAACAGCGCAAGUCUGUGUUCGACCGGCACGUGGUGCUAAGCUAAAAACGGAAAACUACGGAAAACUCCUGGACUUUACCAUACGGGGCUCAGUCUGUCGCUGUGCUGCCGAAAACUGGGUCUACACCUGUCCAAUCCCAAUAAUAAGCCCCGCCCACUACCCCAUAACCCCACCCACUACCCCCAUAACCCCGUUCCAGUGCAGUGCCCGUGUUUAACCCCUGCGUUCGUCGGUCUGUCCCGUGUUUCUCUGUAGGCGUCUGAUGAGCUGCAGUGGGCGUCGCUGCACCACUGAUGAUUCACUGCGUGAUCGUCAUGUUCAUCUCUCAUGAUUUCUGAAUGAUUGCGUCCAAUUCUGCCACUUCAUAUUUAUAUCAUUUAAUUUAAGAUUAGUUUUACUUGACGGAGGAUUUAAUAUGCAUGAAAUUUAAUGCUGCGUUCCGUUUAUCUCGGAUUUCUGAGCUAAAAAUGAUGUUUGAGAUACAAAUCCCAUCACUUAAACCCCUUCAGGACUUCAGGAGAUGGUCUGAGAUGCAUUUAAAACAGAUACAAAUCCAAAUCGAUCACAUAAACCACUUUUAAAAUGGGUUUGAGACACAUUUAGAACCUAUACAGAUAUGGACCACUUCAAGAGGUGGUUUGAGACACGUUCAAAAUAGACAUUGAUUUGAUCACUCAAACCACUUUAGAAGGUGAUCUAAAACACAUUUAAAAAGGAUACAAAUACAAAACGAUUACUCAAACCAGUUCUGACGUUAGUUUGAGACCAAUUUCAAACAAAUAAAAAUCCAAAAUGAUUACUUAAACCACUUCAGGUGGUUGUCUGAGACGCAUUUAAUAAACUGUUACAGAUUCGAUUACUCAAACUACUCUAAAGAUGGUCUGAGACACAGUUAAAACUUAAACAAAUCCAAAACGAUCAUUUGAACCACUGUAGAAGGUGGUCUUAGGCAGAUUUAAAGCAGAUACAGAUCCGACACAUUCAAAACUUAAACAAAUCAAAAACGAUCGCUUAAACCACUUCAGGAGGUGGUCUAAGACGCAUUUAAAGCAGAAAUAAAACCAAAAUGAUUACUUGAACCACUUUAAGAGUUGGUUUGAGACACUUUCAAAACAGAUAUUGAUUUGAUCACGCAAACCACUGAAGGAGGUGGUCUGAGACACACUCGAAGCAGAUUCAAAUCCCAUCAAUUUAAACCCCUUUAGGAGGUGGUCUGAGAUGCAUUUAAAAAAAACUGAUACUGGUUCGAUUACUCAAACUACUUUGGUUACUCGAACAUACAGCUCUGUAAAAAAAAUAAUAAGACAUCACUUCAGUUUCUGAAUCAGUUUCUCUGAUUUUGCUAUUUAUAGGUUUAUGUUUGAGUAAAAUGAACAUUGUUGUUUUAUUCUAUAAACUACAGACAACAUUUCUCCCAAAUUCCAAAUGUUGUCAUGCAUCUUGGCAUCAUGUUCUCCUCCACCAGUCUUACACACUGCUUUUGGAUAACUUUAUGCUGCUUUACUCCUGGUGUAAAAAUUCAAGCAGUUCAGUUUGGUGGUUUGAUGGUUUGUGAUCAUCCAUCUUCCUCUUGAUUAUAUUCCAGAGGUUUUACAUUUACUAAAAUCAAAGAAAGCUCAGUGGCUCAAUAUGAACUCAUUCACUCAUUAGCGCCCUCUGGUGACCAAGCAAACCUAAAAUAGAUUCCUACACUUGUAUUCUUCUCUCUAUUAGGGUUCUCCUGAUGUUUCUAAAGUGAUCAGAGAUAUUUAAACACUUCUAGAUUAAUAGUCUGAUAUCCGAGUUUAAAGGAAACGCAGUGUUGGUGUUCCUCCUCCGUAAACAGAACAGUUUACUCCUGAUGCAGAUCAGUCACAGAUAAACGCCGAGGUAGAAGUGCCAAUUUCUAUACGAGCUGAUGAUACGAGUUCCUUUCACAGUCGAGAUUUAUCGCUUUAAUCUGAAUUCUCACACUGAAACAUGCUUUAUUAUAUCAGUGAGCACUGCGGGUCAUUUUUGAAGAUGAUGAUUAUGAUGAUGAUUCUUUGUAUACAGAAAUGUUUUCUAUUGUUCAUCACACUCCCUGAUCUCCAUUGAUUUUUUUUUUUUUUUAAACAUUGGUACCACUUUAAAAUAAGACUACCUUUAUAAAGGGGUUAUGAAUGGUUUAUAAAUGAGAUUAUUAAUGGUUAUUAAUUAGGCUGCAAAUACUUUAAAACUCAUUAAUAAGCAGUUAAUAGUGAUUCUACACUAAUUUCUACUGUCAAACCCCAGAUAUCUCUAGAUACUGAUCUUACUUUGUGUUUUCCAUCAAUCAGCAUAAAACCUGCCGUAUUAAUAUAUUUGUAAAUAUGUUUAACGAUUUAGUAUAAAUUAAAUGAACUAAUGAUUGAAUUUAAUGACUCUAAGCAAACAACGGAUCACUGUUGCCUUUUUAAUUGAUGUGUUGUAACUGUUAAUCAAUGGUUUUAAGGCAUUUACAACCUAAUCAAUAAUGACACUUUAUAAUCUAGUUUAUAAACCAUUUAUAAACCAUUUGUAAAAUUAGUCUUAUUUUGGUAACACUUUAUGAUACCAAUUUAAAAUAAGACUAUCUUUAUAAAGGGUUUAUAAACGGUUUACAAUGAUUUUAUAAAUGGCUACUAAUUAUGUUGUAAAUGCCUUAAACAUUCAUCAUUAAUAAUCAGUUAUAACACAUACGUAGAAAGGGCAACAAUGACCUGUUGUUUGCCAAAUAGUGAACUAUAUUACAUAGCCAUCUAUAUUGUUGCCCUUUCUAUGUAUGUGUUAUAACUGAUUAUUAAUGAUUUUUAAGGCAUUUACAACCUAAUUUAGUAAACAUUUAUAAACUAAUUGUAAACCAUUUAUAAACCCUUUACAAGGGUAUUCUUAUUUUUGGUAACACUAUUUUAUGUACCACACAAAUUAGGUGCUUAUUAAUGUCUUAUUAUUUGCUUAAUAAAGCCUUAAUUAGACAUUUGUAAAUUAUUUAUUCACUACUUAUUAUUAGGCUUUAUUCUGUGAUAUUAAGUGUUAUUGGUGCUUAAUUAGGGGUCUUAUGUGGAAAUGAUUAAUAAUAACUGUAUUAGUUCUUAUAGAGCAUAAUAAACAGUUAUCUUAUGUUGGAACCCUGUUAAUCAGAUUAGAUUAUUAAGCAUUAACUAUUAGCUAAUUCUACAUGUUAUAUGUUCUACAAGUUAUAUAUAUAGAAUAAAGGAGUUUAUUAAGAGUUAAUAAGGGGUUAAUAAGUCACUAAUACACCAAGAUGUGCACCAUAUUCUAAAAUGAGCUUCUGUUCAUCACUAAUUACACACUAAAAAACACUGAAUAAAUAUAUAUUUAAUCAAUCACAGACCCCUAAUUAAGCACCAAUAGCACUUUAUAACACACAAUAAAGCCUAAUGAAGUGAAAUGAAAUGAAAGUAGUGAAUAAAUCAUUUACAAAUGUCACAAAUUAAGUAUUUAUUAAGCAAAUAAUAAGACAUUAAUAAGCGCCUAAUUUGUGUUCCUUGAAAUAAAGUGUUACCCUUAUUUUAAAGUGGUACCAAAACAUUUGUUAGCUUGUACAUAAAUAUAUAUAAAAAACAUAAGAAUCAAGUUGAUCGCUUUUAAAAAAUCGCUGUUAACAAAUCACACUUAUAUUACUUUUUUUUUCAGAUGUUAUGUCUUUUUGUCCACUUUCAGAAUCCAGUCUAAUCCAGCUCUAUCCGGACGGGAUUAUUUUUUGAUAGUUUCUCAGGGGGACGUCUGUGAAAAAAAAUAUUUCACACUUCUACUCUUUAGUGAUAAAACUCCUGUAUCUGGACUGCAAUUAAAAAAACAGGAGGAUCAGUGAGUUUUUUCAAGGCUUUCUCUGUCACAUGACCUCAUCGCAGAGUUCAGUAGCUCCUCCAUUUCCACUCUCUGUUUUCUUUUUUUUUUUUUUUUUACGUGGAUCUCCGUGGAAACCGUGGUGCACCCAAAUUACGUAAUUACGGUGCGCAAGCAGUGGACAAAUAGCUAUUUUAUUAAAUACGAGGAGACUAAACUCUAAACUAAAAUAAACUAAAAUUACUGGAGGAGCACAGAGUUCAGAGAAAAACACUAGAUAAUUCAGUAAUCCUGUAAUUUUCUCAGAGGACAUCUGAGAAAAACACCUACAUGAUCGUUCUGGACAGGAAUAAAAUCACAGAAGAUAAAAAACCCCAUAAAAAAAGAAAACUACCUUAAAAAUGACCUCCUGAGAAACUAAUCCCAUCCGGAUUAAGGCUUUAGUUUUUCUUGUGUCAGUUCGUUAAUUAACAAUAUUAAAAAUGUAAUCUAGAUUUUUCAUGUUUUGUAUAAUUUGAGUAAAACGUGUGCAGACUAAUAUGGAAGGACAGUAUUGCAUUAUCUGCGUUUUUGUUGAAGAAAAAAAAAAUGGGUUGUUUCACUCAAAUCAUGUAACUGUGUCUGAUUGGCUGUUGAGUUUGUAGAGGAAGGAGGAGUGUUUUGUGUUGUAUUGGUGGUACUUUCUAAUUUUCAAUACAGUUCUGUGUAAUUUA